AUGAGUUCAUCAUCGAUCUUGCGAAAGGAAUUAACAGGAUAUAAUGUUUUUCUAGGAAGACGAAUUCUAUCGCAAAGGGGUAGCCAGUUUGCUCGGUGUGGUAAAACAAGAUAUCCAUUGAGUCCUCAAUUGCAUGGAAAUUCCGCUAAUUGGAUUAGACUUCAGUCGACAGCUCCACCACCACAGACACCGCCAACUAAGGAUCACAACCUUGUAACAGACCAGAAGAAGCAGGCUGCGUUUUCUAAGGGCGAAUCCAUUGCUGAAAGCGAUAAUGCAAAGGAGCAACAAAUUGACACCCAAGCACUUGAAAAGUUGGAAAAUUCUCCAACGAAUGAACUUGUACAAAAGGAAGAAAGCAAGGACAAGCCUAAACCUACUCUUUGGGAAAAAAUUAAACACGAAGCCCAGCACUAUUGGCUGGGUACCAAAUUGUUGGGUUAUGAAGUCAAGGUAUCAACGAAAUUAUUGACGAAAUUAAUUGCCGGAUACGGUUUGAGUCGAAGAGAGGCUAAUCAACUACAAAGAACGAUUGUUGAUGUGGUUAGAUUAGUUCCGUUUGCAGUGUUUGUUCUUAUCCCUUUUGCUGAAUUACUUCUUCCGGUUGCAUUGAAACUUUUCCCUAACAUGUUACCUUCAACUUACGAAUCUAAGAAGGAUCGCCAAAAUAAAAGAAAUAAGUUGAAAAAGACAAGGAAUGCUGCUAGUGAAUACAUUAAGCAAACGAUGGAACAAUCUGGUUUGAAGCUUUCAAAGAAAAUUACUGAUGCAGAAAGAGAAAAUUUUGUUCAAUUUUUCCAUGCCAUAUCCUUGGGUAAAAACCCAACAAGGGAACAAUUGAUUCAAGUCGCCAGGUUAUUCAAAAAUGAUCAAGUUUUGGAUAACUUGAGUCGUCAUCAAUUAGUUGCCAUGUGUAAAUACAUGUCUUUAAGACCAUUUGGAACUGAUUCCAUCUUGAGAUAUCAAAUUAGACAUAGAUUGUUGACAAUCAUUAAAGAUGACAAGGCCAUUGAUUAUGAAGGUGUUGAUUCAUUGUCUCUACCAGAGUUGCAAAUGGCGUGUUCUCAAAGAGGUAUCAAAACGAGUGAUGUUUCCCCAGGUAGAUUGAGAGAAGAUUUGGAAACAUGGUUGGAUUUGAGAUUGAGACAAAAGAUUCCUUCCACUUUGUUGAUUUUGAGUAGUGCUUACACUUAUGGUGAUAACCAAUCAACUGAUUCAUAUUAUGAUGCAUUGUUGGCUGUGUUGUCCUCAAUUCCUGAUGAAGUUUACAAUGUGGCUAAAUUAGAGUUAUCCGAUGACUCGAAAUUGAAGUUGAACAUCUUGAAGGAACAAGAUGAAUUGAUUGAAGAAGAAAACGAAAGGGAAAAGGGUACUGUCAAUAAACUUAAGGAUGAUAUCAACUUGGACGAAUACGAAGAUACAGCUUCGGAGGGUGUCAAUUACCAACAAGACAAAGAAGAAAAGGAGCUUGAGGAUGGAUUGAAUAAGGAAUUAGAGAAUGACGAUACCAAGAAGGAGGUGCACAACAAAGCUGUGGAAGAUCCUUCUGCUCCAAUUCGCUCUGAAAAUGCCAAAGAUGAGGAAAUUGAGAAACACGAUGACGAAAAGGUUAAAAAGGAGAAUAAGUAA